AUGAGCGCCAGAACACGACGACAAAAGGCGGCCCUCGCUGCCCAGGGGGACGAGAGCGAAGAGUCGGCAAACGGCAAUGGCAACGUGUCCACCCCGUCGAAGCGGACGCCCUCCAAAAAACGGAGCAAAUCCAAGUUGAGCGACGAACCUAAGGAGAACGUCUUCCUCUUCGCCCCGAAUCUCAUCGGAUAUUCCCGUAUCGUUCUCGCCAUCGCCUCCCUCUACUACAUGCCCCUCCACCCGCGCACCUGCUCCCUUCUUUACAGCGUGUCAUGUCUGCUGGAUGCGUUGGAUGGUUACGCAGCUCGGUACUUCAACCAGUCGACCACUUUCGGCGCAGUACUGGACAUGGUGACUGAUCGCUGCACCACCGCAUGCCUGCUGGUUUUCUUGAGUUCGGCGUGGCCUCGCUGGGCCAUCGUCUUCCAGAGCUUGAUCUGCCUGGACAUGGCCAGUCACUAUAUGCACAUGUAUGCUACCCUGAGCAUGGGUGGCUCCAACAUGAGCCACAAGAAGUCGAUUGAUUCCGAGCGAAGCUGGAUUCUCUACCAGUACUAUCACAGCAAGACUGUUCUGUUCAUCUGCUGCGCCCUCAACGAGCUCUUCUUCAUCGGGCUCUAUCUCCUUUCGUUCUCUUCGCCGAGACUGUCGCCCUCGCUGCUCCAGCCCGUGCCCGAUGCUCAGCCGUCCUCUGUGCAGCCCGGCUCUCCCGCCAAUCCCGCGCUGAGCGGUAUCUUCGCCAGCCCUUGGAGCGCAGGUGCCCUCGAGAUGGCGCGUGCGAACAAGAUCGACAGCACCUUCCCUUGGAUCAUCACUAUUGUUUCGCUGCCCGUCAUGGCUUUCAAGCAGUAUGUCAAUGUCGUCCAGCUGGUCAAUGCCAGCCGAUGGCUCGCAGAGGGAGACCUCGAAGCCCGACGCGCCAACAGUAAGAAAUAA